AUGACUCCUGAAAGGCGCAAAGCUGUUUGGGCAAUCUAUGUGUGGUGCAGGAGGACUGAUGAGCUAGUGGAUGGUCCUAACUCAUCUUACAUCACACCCAAGGCGCUCGAUCGGUGGGAGAAGAGAUUAGAGGAUCUCUUCGAAGGCCGCCCAUAUGAUAUGUACGACGCAGCGCUCUCAGACACGGCGUCAAAGUUUCCAAUUGAUAUCCAGCCAUUCAGAGAUAUGAUUGAAGGGAUGAGGCUUGACCUGUGGAAAUCGAGGUAUAGGACCUUUGACGAGCUUUACCUCUACUGCUACUACGUCGCUGGCACUGUUGGUCUCAUGACGGUACCGGUGAUGGGGAUUGCUCCGGACUCAAAGGCCUCAGCAGAGAGCGUGUACAAUGCCGCACUGGCCCUUGGCAUCGCCAACCAGCUCACAAACAUCCUCCGAGACGUAGGAGAAGACUCGAGGAGGGGGAGAAUAUACCUUCCACUGGACGAGCUGGCACAGGCGGGUCUGACAGAGGAGGACAUAUUCAGAGGGAAAGUGACGGAUAAAUGGAGGAGGUUCAUGAAGGGCCAAAUCCAGCGCGCCAGGCUCUUCUUUGAUGAGGCCGAGAAGGGCGUGAUGCAUCUAGACUCCGCGAGCAGAUGGCCGUCCUGGCAUCGCUGUGGCUGUACAGGCAGAUCCUGGACGCCAUCGAGGCGAACGACUACAACAACUUCACCAAGCGCGCGUACGUGGGCAAGGCGAAGAAGUUCCUGUCUCUACCGGCCGCGUACGCGAGGGCGGCUCUUUCGCCAUGAGCAACGCAAAGCAAAGCGAUCCCGUAGAUCAGAUGUUAUUUUUUUCUUCUUUUUCUUUCUUUUGUCCUGUCACCCUACAAUGAUUUUUGCUGGCUGUUGUAUAUAUUCAGCUAUAUGUUUGCCAUACACCUGCCGCGGUAUUUAG